AUGGCGCAGCCCAACUACAGCUCUCCCCCGCUCGCUGGCAGGCCCCCCUUCGCGACCGACGAGCCAGACUCCAUGUACGACCAACGCCAGCCCGAGCAGACUCGCAGGCUGAGACAACAGCCCCCUCCCAACCCCAAUGCCAGGACGUCUGCUUACAAUGUGUAUGACCAGUACAUAGACGAGAAGAAGGACAACCCCUUCGACGACAGCAAGCAAGUUUACCCCCAGCCCAUCCCGCUCGCCGCCCCCCAGCCAGGAUAUGCCGCCCCCGUUGCUGCUUUGAACCUAUCGCGCCCGGCCCCCACAGCCACCCUCGAUGGGCGCAUGCCCGCAUCGCCCGAGAUGUCUGAGUUUGGCCAAUCAGCCAGCAUGCCUAGCACGCCCCAUCCACUGCAGCCCCCGAUGGUCCCUAUCGCACCAGUGUUCGCCCGGCCCUCCACCGCUACUUCCCGCGAUGUUCAGUUCGCGUCAAAGCCUAUCAUGCGUGGGGAUACCGAGGACACCGUGCUGCCCCGGCGCGGACAGCAGGGUGAUGACUUCUGGCGCAGAUUCAGUAUGGUUGCCAAAGACGACAUGACUGCCGGCAAGAAGGGGAGCGGCUGGCUCCGGAAGACUCAGAGCGGUACCACUCGCAUGUCCCGCUGGGUUUGGAUCGUCGGAAUGACUCUGCUCAUCAUUAUCGCGGGUGCCAUCGGACUUGGCUGGUAUGUUUCGCACAACAGCACCUCUCACAACGCGCCCACCGCUAUCGGUGGAAGUGCGAAUGAGAAGGCGCUCACCACCUCCGACGUUUCCUCCGCUGCGACUGUUGCCGGCGCCGUCGCGACGUCCACCGUUUUGCACGUGUCGCCUACCCGCACUGUGGCCAGACGUGACGACGAGCCUAUACCCACACCCCUGGCUCUAUACCCCAUAGAAGCUCGUAGCCCCGGCUCGCAUCACGUCCACAUCGCGCAACACCAUCGGCAGGGUCGGCGUACCCUGCUGAACCGCACAUCGCAUUAACUUAUCGUUAAACCCAUGGUCAUCUUCCGUAUACGUCCUGACAUCAUUCAUCCCUGGGACCGGCACCACCCCACCCGUCUCCCGUCCGCUCCUUUUACCGCCCCUCACGCCCUCCUCUGCAUCUCUCCGCCUCGACUUCAGCAUUUACUCCCUAUGCUUCCCUCAUCAACUGCUUCG